GUGCAAGCAAGGAUCCAUGGCUAUGGCGCUUCUCAUCCGUGUCUUGGAUCUAGUCUUCCUGCUUGGCUUCCUCCAAGGUAUGCACUCUUUGACCACUGCUGAAUCGAACGACGAGAGCUUGCCCUUCGAGGAGCUCCUUUACUUGUAUUCAUCAUCUCACAGCUCCUUGGUAUACCAAGGCCAUACAGCUCUCAGGCUCUCGGGAUCCAAAAACUUGAAGAAUGGUGUAGUUUCUGGAUCACUCUCUACCCCGAAUGACAGGCUCCAGGGGUCAUUCACGGGAGUGUUUAAUUCUACCUCCAGGCAGCUGCUUGCAAAGGUCUGCCUUUUCAAGAGACUUUCAAAUGGUUCGCAUCCAGACUGCAAGGUCUCGCUCGCUCUAGAUUAUCCUUCGGUGGCCGCCAUGCCUGUAAUCACGGGGAACUAUACGUACACGAGGCUCGAAGAUGCAUUGGCUGGCUGCCAAGGCUUGACGAAGGACGCCAUGGAGAAAGCCACCAUGGAGGAAUCUGAUCGCCGGCCAUUAACGACAAGGGAGGAUGUUCACUUCUUGUCCUCGAGCGGUCAAUGCAGCAGCAGCAAGCAACGUUGUCAUCCAUUUGGAAACUCCAGCAGCAUUGAUCUUGGUGCUGUAACUCCUCGAUCGCCGAGUGUGCUAGCGUUGGAUCUAGCCAGGGAAGGAAAUGGACGUGUGCAUGGUUUUCUCGAGCUGGAUAUCUGGAAGACCAAGGUUCUCGCGGUGGAAGGGUUCGAGAAAUCCGGGAAGCUCUGUUUGGUGGCGUGUCAAACUGUGGCAUUUGAUUCUUCUGUGCCGGACUGUUCUAUCCAUGCAAGCAUUGACAUGAGCUUGGCAAGCUUUGACAUUCAUCAAAGAUCUCAUGUCAAGGGAAUCAUCACGAGCCUGAGGCCGAAGUCGGAUGCUAUGUUUUUCGAGCCACUCUCUUUCGGAGACAUUGCAUCCUCCUCAAACUUCAUCCCCGACUUCGUUCGCACUCGCGAGGUCUACGCUUACUCCAAAGUUGAGGAUGCUGACAAACACUGCCGUGAUCUCGUCAAGGAUCCAUCGCCACAAGCAACCGAUUAUCCGGACGGUUUGUCUAUCGAUGAUUUCCGCGUCGAUGGAAGAACUUCCGCGAUCGAAGAUGUAUACGCUCUUGAUGAAGGAACAACGAUGGUGGCUACAGCUCUUCCGGAAUCUGUAGCAUCCGAAAGCGAGUUUGCAGCGGAUGAGGUUCUCAUAACACCUCUCACAUUUGAAAACAGGUUUCGUUGGUACCCGGACACCAUCAAGAACAAGAAACGAAUGAACGCCAGCUUCGAUAUCUUUGCUGCUCUCACUCACUCUAGAACACAACACAUCGCCGCCGAAGGCUUUUACGACGUUGGUCGAGGAACAGCAUGCCUGGUGGGUUGCAAAGCUGUUGACAACAACGAUACAUUUCAUGAUUUGGAGCAAGGAAAGGAUUGCAAAAUCUCCGUCCGGAUCCAUUAUCCCCGAGACUCGGAAACCAAGCCUCGCCUUGUUGUGGGAUCCAUCUUCAGCUUGCGAGACAAAGACGAUGCUCUAUACUUCCCCCCCUUCGACGUCUCUGCAAAUUAUUCGAUGGUCACCAAGCAAGCUAGAAACAUAUUGGAGCGGGACAAGAUGAAGACAAGCGUGAAAACCUUGACACUCUCUCUGGAGGUGGCGGCUAUCACAUUCCAGCUUAUACGAAGCAAUCGCCAACAAAAAACUCGUCCUUACGUUUCUCUGGUGAUGUUAUUUGGCCUCGCCAUCGCACACGCGCAAGGAAUUAUGAUCAAUUUGGGCUUGAGCUUGGGAUUCAUAGACUCACAGACAUACAGGAUAACAACACCGAUACCCCGCUACAAAUUUACAGAUAGGCUGGAUCUCAUGCAUGAGACAGUAGAACGUCGCUCGCAAGACAGCAAAUCCCUCCAAAUGGCGAUGCAUUCCAUCGCCCUGGUGUUACUCUCGCAGCUGGUUCGUUUGGUCUGGAAAGCACGAAGCCCCGAGAUAGACGAAGAGAGCAGUACUGAGCCUGAGACUUCGGAUGGAGAUCAGAAACUAGAAAAUCAUCCCGGGAUCGUGGAGGAAACAAACGUCUUGAUGGUUUGCUUGCCAGCUUACGCGUUUAUCACGGCGUGUGGAGCUUUGUUUCUCGGUCACUGCGUGGGGCUGUUUUCAGCAUAUGGAGAGCUGCUCAGGGAUUUCUUCCUGGUUCCACAGAUCAUCGGAUAUCGUAACUGGUCGAAUAUCGGUCUCCAGUCUCCAGCUUUGUCCACAGUUUUCUACGUGGGGACGACACUAGCAAGGGUUGCCUGGCGUGUCAACAACGUUUGGAAUGGCUGGAACCAAGACCAGGGAAUUCAAAGAUUUGGCCUUUGGAAUCAAGUGGAGGGAUGCUCUGGCCUUCUUUGGAACGCUGGAGUUGUGUGUGGAACUUCCUUUACAGCGUGGAUUAUCUUCUGGCAACACACAUCAUGAACUCAUUUUGUCAAUGGAAGUGAAAGUCAAUGAAGGUGAUUUUUAAUAUUUUAAAAUCACUUCAUAUGUUUCAAAAAAAAAUUCUACAGAAACAUAUAUAAUAAUUGUGUAAACAUAAAUUUUU